AUGGAUGCCAGCAUCCAACGCGCGUUAAAUGACAAACUCUAUGAUAAGCGCAAGAUCGGCGCCCUUGACCUUGAGCAAUCCAUCCGCGAGCUCGUGACAACUCGCGACUAUGCCAAGGUCAACACGAUCCUUGAGCAGCUAUGUAAUGAGUAUGCAUACGCUGUUCACCAGCCUCAUGCCAGAAACGGAGGCCUGAUUGGGCUCGCUGCCGCCGCCAUUGCCCUAGGACAAGAACUACCCAACUAUCUCUCACGCAUUGUGCCUCCCGUCCUUGCCUGCUUCACGGACCAAGAUCCAAGGGUUCGCUACUAUGCCUGUGAGGCCAUGUACAACAUUGCAAAGGUGGCCAAGGGCGAAAUACUCAUAUUUUUCAAUGACAUUUUUGAUUCCCUCUGCAAGCUCGCCGCGGACUCCGAGCUCUCAGUUAAGAAUGGUGCCGAGCUACUUGAUCGCUUAAUAAAGGACAUUGUGGCCGAAUCCGCCGCCUCAUAUGUAUCAGUCCUACAACUUCCUCCGGAGCAAGAGGGCGAUGAGGAUAAAUUCAUUGCUGAAAAUCUUGAUUCACUGCCUACCGCCUUCUCCCUACCACGGUUUAUACCUCUCCUCAAAGAACGAAUCUGGGUUAUCAACCCUUUCACACGGCAGUUCCUAGUUGGCUGGAUCACCCUCCUCGAUUCUAUCCCUGACCUGGAGCUAGUCGCCUAUCUCCCCGACUUCCUUGGCGGAUUAUUAAAGUUCUUGAGUGACCCUAACAGGGAUGUUCAUGUAGCCACGAGAAACUGCCUGGACAAGUUUUUGAACGAGAUCAAAAGGAUUUCCCAUAUCCGGAAAGGCAUCACGGAGGGCAAAAAGUCCAAGGAUGGGGACAAGAGGCAGGAUCAAUCAGCUGAUAGUGGUAGUGUGCAAACGGGACUAGAAGAAGGUGACGAAAUAGGUUCCGAAGAUGAGGACGCGAGUAGUGAAGAAGAUUGGAUACCUGGCCAGGAUGUCCACAUCAACUACAGGGAAAUUCUUGAAAUUCUUACCGCCAGUUUAGACUCGCCGUUGGAAGAGGACUCAUUAUUAGAAUCCCUCCGAUGGGUAGUGCAAUUUCUAGACAUCUGCCCGGAAGAGGUCCUCCCUUUUACUCCAAAGAUCCUGGCGCACAUGCUGCCAGCCAUGGCAAGUGGCGUUGAGUCGAUCAGACAGGCCGCUGGUAAAGUUAACACCGGCCUGAUGGACUACGUCGUUUCGCUCUCGGACGAGUCGGAGCCAGUGUCCGGAUCAUCCAAGGCUGCUCUAGCUGCUGAGCGGACAGACGGUCACAGUAGCGCCCGAGUAUCCCUAUCCAGUGGAAGAGAUAUCGAUACACUGGCGGCGCAAGGGAAGACUCCAUCCACCCAAGCCAGCACCGCCUCCGGCCCUGACCGACAGCCCAAGACGAACUUGGACUAUGCCGCCGCGGUCAAUUCACUCACUCUCCUCUUCCUUAAUGACCACGAAGCAACCCGGGUCGCUGCUCUUACGUGGUUGAUUAUGCUUCACCGAAAAGCGCCACGUAAGGUGCUGGCCUUUAAUGACGGAACGUUUCCUGCCCUGCUCAAAACGCUGUCCGAUCCAUCCGACGCCGUUGUCACGAAGGAUCUUCAGCUCCUCUCUCAGAUCUCUAGGAAUUCGGAGGAUGACUAUUUCGCUAAUUUCAUGGUCAACCUCUUACAGCUCUUUUCCACGGAUCGGAAGCUUUUAGAGACCCGGGGGAACUUGAUCAUUCGGCAGCUCUGCGUUAGUCUUAGCCCCGAAAGGAUCUACAGAACCCUUGCCGACUGCAUCGAGAAGGAAGAAGACGUCGAGUUCGCCAGCAUCAUGGUCCAAAAUCUGAAUAAUAAUUUGAUCACGGCACCGCAAUUAUCAGAGAUGCGCAAAAGGCUGCGCAACCUCGAGACCAAGGAUGGCCAGACGUUCUUCGUCGCUCUAUUCAGGUCUUGGUGCUACAACGCCGUGGCGACAUUUUCCCUCUGCCUGCUCGCGCAGGCCUACGAGCAGGCCUACAACCUUCUGCAAAUAUUUGCCGAACUUGACAUGACCGUCAACAUGCUCAUCCAAGUCGACAAGCUCGUGCAACUAAUUGAGUCCCCGGUCUUUACCUAUCUACGUCUUCAACUACUCGAGCCGGAAAGAUAUCCGUACUUGUACAAGUGCCUCUAUGGCCUUUUAAUGCUCCUACCGCAGUCAUCGGCUUUUGCAGCCUUGAAAAACCGCCUAAAUAGUGUGAGCCCUAUUGGCUAUCUUCACAUCUCGCCUCGCGUCUCGGCCUCAUCCUCGUCGACCGGAUCGUCUUACGACAGGCCACCAAGGCUAAAAGGUCGUGAGGAGGGUAUCAUUCGAUGGUCAGAGCUCUUGGAAAAGUUCCGUAGCGUCCAAGAACGCGCCCGUAGAGCUCAGAGACAUGCGGGAGAUUUAGAGGAAAGCCCACCGCUAGGUGUUGGCGAGUUACGAAUAGGUGAUGCGCUCGAAGCGAAGGGAGGCAAAGAAGGACGCACGGGGAAUGCACCACCCGUUCCCGCCAAGGACACCGGUCCAAUUCCGGUGCCCACGACCAAGGCUAGGACAGGGUUAGGGAAGCAACUUGGAAGGUUUGGUGGAGCUGUGGCAGGCCGAGGAAAGCGAAACGCUCCUUGA